GGGGAGAGAAAGGGAGGAAGGCGUCAACAUUCGGUGCGACAACACAGAUGCCUACGGCAGAGGAGAGCCAGGAAAUCGACUGGGAAGCUCCAAAGUCGCCUUCACACUCUGCCGCUGCUGCGCAUGCCGACAAGGAUCCGUCAGCUGCCGGACGCCAAGCCACAGCUCUCCCGGUUCCGCUCCGCAGGCUGCAGCUGGUGGUCAACCUCUGCAACGCCAUCGAGGGUGUUGAUCUGCAGCUGCUGCCCAGCUCAUUCAAGGCACUGGAGGGAAGCUUCGGCCUGUCGCCAUCUGCAUUGGGUCAGUCAGCAAUGGCCAGGAGUGACUGCAUGGUACAUGUUCACCAGGACUGUCUGUCUGUCUGUCUGUCUGUGUGUGCAGGUAGGCUGUCUUUGGUGCAGGCACUGUGCCAGGCGUCGGCUGGCCCACUAUGGGGCCACAUGGCCGACAAUGUGUCAAGGAACCUGCUGCUGUCGUUUGGGUGCUGUUUCUGGGGCGUGCUGAGCAUGCUGUUCGCCUCCAGCCAGUACUACUACCAGAUGCUGGUGUUGAGGGCACUCAACGGUGUGGCGCUGGCGAGCGUGGGACCUGUGUGUCAAUCCAUCAUUGCCGACAUGUUCCCGUCGUCUGAGAGAGGCGGCGCGUUUGGGCUGAUUCAGCUCGCGCUGUGCAGCGGGAUGAUCCUGGGGGCCCUCUUCGCAACGUCACUAUCACGGCGGCAGGUGGGACAGCUCACCUCACACAGGGCUGGCUGAUGACGGCGACACAGCCAGAGGGGAUUGUCUAUGUGGCUGUUAUGUUUGUGCAGCUGACCGAUACCUUGCAAGGGUGGCGAGUUGCGUUUGCCCUCGCCGGGAUGACAUCCUGUGUCAUCGGAAUGUUUAUGUGCACAAGGACGGCUGAAGCACCGCGGCCAAGGCAGAAACGGUCUCAUUCAGACAGGUCGUCUGUUGGCGACCACGGCGAGUUGGUGCCGGCUGACCUUGGGUCUGUCAAGAUCCGGCACAUCAUGAGGAAGAGGACCUUCCUGCUGCUGCUGGGUCAAGGGCUUUUCGGGUAUAUCCCUUUGAACGCAUUCGCCUUCUGCACAAUGUGAGAUCCUAGAUAUGAUGCCAUCGAUCAGGAGUGUCGCGUGUUCAUCUGUGUGUGUGGUGUGUUUGGUAUGUGUGUGUUUCGUCAGGUGGUACCAGUAUGUCGGCUUUUCUGAUGCAGCGGCCGCCCUGCUGACUGCUCUGUUGCUCUUCGGUGGCGCCAUUGGUGGCCUCAUCGGCGGGGUCCUGGGAGAUAAGGCGUCGGUCAUGUCGCGAUAUCACGGCCGUCCGUGUGUCGGCCAGUUCUCCUCCCUCGCGGGCAUCCCUCUCGUGUGGCUCCUGCUGCAACGGUAACACCACCGCCACACACAAACCAGCCAGGCACGUAUCGUAUCAAUCACGUGUGCGUGUGGGUCUGUCUCCUCCGGUUGCAGGACGCCUCGCGACACGGACCACUUCUUCGUCUCUGCGGUGCUCAUGUUUCUGUCGGGCACUGUGGCCACGUGGGGCUCUGUUGCUGUCAACCGGCCCGUACUGGCCGAGAUCGUGCCGGCACAGAAACGUGCCACGCUGUUCGCAAUCAUGGUUGCUCUGGAGGGUAGUGCGGCUGCAUUUCUGGGGGCACCUGUUGUCGCUUUGCUGGUGAGGAUGGAAUACCGCAAAUUGAUUGCAUUUGACAAGUGCUCUAUCCAUCCAUCCAUUCAUCGAUCCAUAUGUGUGUGUGUGUGUGUGUGUGUGUGCGGUGUCUGUCUGUCAGGCCGAGUGGGUGUACGGCUAUGAGCUGCCCUCGUCACGAGACCUGCCUCGAUCCGACCCAUCAGCAGUCGACGUAGAUGUCGACCCAGCCGUCCGCUCACGGAACGUGACAGCCCUUGCCAACAGCCUCACUCUGGCCAUCACCAUCCCGUGGGCACUUUGCUUCGUCUGCUACUCGCUGCUGCACCUCACCUAUCGCCGCGAUGCGACGCAGGGGCUCCCCACAAGGCAACACGGCGGCUAUGUCCGAGUGGGGGUGGAGGAAGAGGCGAGGAAGGUCUCUGUUGACGAGAGCGGCCAUUCGGCAGCGGCUGGCCAGCGCUCUGACGAUGAGCAGCCGUUGCGAGGGGCGGUGGACGAGGGCCGUGCUGAGCGAGACACCGAGGCGGCCACCUCGGAGAUCAGGGAUGGUGACACCGACGAGUACAUCCGUUCACGGUCUCCCGUCAUUCCCAACAGCCCCCCACCCGACGCCGCCCCGAGGCCGUCGACCAGCCCUCGGCUGCCGCCGGUGGACAGGGGAGGAGGCGGUGUCUUUUCGCAGCUCUUUCGGCUUCUGGCCGGCCAGCCAAGUGACGCUGGGCAUCAAGACAAAGAGCGCCAGAUGGACAGCCAAGACAAGAGGGGGCCGUGGCGGGCGGAGUUGUCUCUGUCGAGCGGACCUCUAGAUUCCAGUAGCAAUGACAGGCCUGAUAGGCCUGGGUCUAGGGGGCAGCUGCCUCACACUAAACCCUUCUGAUGGAUGGAUGGAUGCGUUGCAUGCAGAUGUGACACAGCACAUUUAUUGGGUCAUGUGGUGUGGUGUGGAUUUCAUGUCAUGCUCGCGUGCGGUCU